AAGCUCACCGAGCUCGAGAAAUUCGACAUGACACUCCUCCCGAAGACCGUCAAGAAAAUUCUCAUUGACCUCACGAUGCCCUCGGAACCGCUCAAGGCCCUCGAAGAAUUGUUCCCCCUCAACACCGUGCAGUUCGCAGCUCCGCCACCUAGGGCGCUAGAGGAUUUCUGGGUUAAGCUUAUCAUGAAGCUGAGAGAACGCAUCGAGACACUAGCCCGCAAUCUCAUCACAGCUGGUAGAGGGGAAAAGCGGGUCCACCAGGCCAUAACAGUGGGCACUACGGAGGUGGCGCUGAAAUCUAUGGGAUUCUUUCCGCAGAGUCAGGUUAAGGCGAUGCUCCAUUCCACUCAGCCCAUCUGGCGUACAUAUUGCUUGCAGUGGCAUAGCGCCGCCUCCAUGUCGUUCUUCGAGAGCUAUUUCCCAGGGCUUCGGUCUUCGCGUGAUCAUUGGAGAGGGAUGUUGGCAAAGAUGCAGAGAGAUAGAGAGAGGUCUCUGCGGGUGUUGCACCGAGAGGUGAAGAAGGAGCAGCAGGCUAAGGAGUAUGAGAAGAAGAAAGCUAAGGAGUAUGAGGAGAAGAAAGCUAAGGAGUAUGAGGAGAAGAAGGCUGGUCGGAAAUAAUGAUGCAGCUGCGAGAUAUGCUGAAUACAUGCGCUAGGACAUACGGGCCCGAUUUCUUCUUCUCAUUCAACGAUGGGUCAAGCUGGAAUCACUAAUUGGUUACCUUGAUUUUGGUGAGAGGUGGUCCUCGACGCUCAACCUCUCGUCUCAGCUUUUAUACAUUUCUUGACUUUCAUAGCUUUUCUGUACUUUUAAUCAAAGU